CGAGGCGAGGCGACCCACCCCGAACAGAACGAAAUGCGGAGGCGGAAAAAAUUCUGCCCCCCGUCCUCUGCUCUUUCCCACGCUCGCGUCUCGCGAAGCGACAGAUAGAGUAGAGGUGGCGGGCGCCUCCUCCGCCGUCCACCACCGCCACCUCCUCGGCUGCCCCCAAAAACCCCCCGGCUCCCUGCCCCCUCGCUAUCUAGGGUUUCCGGCCGCGGUGGCGCCAAUGACGGACACGCGCGGAGGCUGGUGCUGGGACGUGCCCGGGUUCGAGCCGCCGACGGCGAUGCCGCGGGCGCCGCCUACCACCAUGGUGCUCCGCCCCUCCGCAGGGGCACCCCGCGCGGCGGCCGGCGCAGUGCCUGUUGCCGACCGGCUCGGCCAGCUCGCGGACAGCGUCCAGCUUACUAGAGAGGACUGCUUGGAGCUUAGACAGGAAGCUAGCGACCUUCUUGAGUAUUCUAAUGCAAAACUGGGUCGUGUCACCCGCUAUCUUGGAUUUCUUGCUGCCAGAACUCGAAAAUUAGAUCAAACUGCCCUUGCGACUGAAGCUAGAAUCACUCCUUUGAUUCAUGAGAAGAAAAGGCUUUUCGAUGACCUGUUGACCUUGAAAGCCAAUGUCAAAGUGUUUUGUUGUAGCAGACCACUAUUUGAAGAUGAGGGUCCAUCAAUGAUCGAGUUUCCAGAUGAUUUUACUAUCCGUGUAAACACUGGAGAUGAGUCUUUAACCAAUCCUAAGAAGGAUUAUGAGUUUGAUAGGGUAUAUGGACCCCACACUGGGCAAGGUGAACUUUUCCAUGAUGUUCAACCAUUUGUGCAAUCUGCCCUGGAUGGGUACAAUAUUUCCAUAUUUGCAUAUGGUCAGAGCCGCCCUGGAAAAACACAGACAUUGGAAGGAUCUAGUCAUUAUCGUGGUUUAUAUCUGCGGAGCUUUGAAGAGCUGUUUGAUCUUUCAAACUCGGAUACUACUUCCACUGCACACUUCAACUUCUAUUUUACUGCCUGUGAGCUGUACAAUGAUCAGGUCAGGGAUUUGCUGUCAGAAUCUAGGAGUACUGUCCCAAAAGUUCGUAUGGGUGUGCAAGAAUCCUUUGUGGAACUUGUGUAAGAGAAGGUUGAAAAUCGACUGGAGUUUUCUAGGGCACUAAAGACAGCACUUCAAAAUUGAUCUGUUAAUUCGCCAAGGGCCAUGGUUUCUAUCCUGAUUAUUACCAUCCAUAUACACUACAGAAACUGUGUGACAGGAGAGCACCUGUACAGUAAGCUUUCUCUUGUGGAUUUGCCAGCAAGUGAAUGCCUGGUUGAAGAAGAUGCCAAUAGGGAUAGCGUAACAGAUUUUUUGCACAUCUCAAAGUCACUUUCUGCGCUAGGUGAUGCGUUAGCCUCUUUAAGUGCAAAAAAGGAGCCAGCUCUAUCUGGAAAUUCAAGAAUCACACAAAUCUCAGCUGACUCUCUAGAAACUGCAUGAAGAGAACGAGAAGCUGUGUAACAGACUCACAGAGAAGUCGGGAUUAGGAAGCUUGCCACAGGCAUCAAGCCCAUAUGCAAACAAGCUAACUAAUGCUCAGGGGAGGGAGAUAGGCAGGAGUGAAGCACCAAAAGCCAAUCGCCAGAUGUGUUUGCAUCACCAGUGUCUCAGGAUAAAACUGGAAACAGCGGAGCUAUUGUGAAAUCAAGCAAUGAGAGAGCAAAAACUACGCCUGCUGGGGAGUACCUUACAUCUGCACUGAUGGAUUUUGAUCCUGACCAGUUUGAGGGAUUUGCUGCAAUAGCUGAUGGUGCUAAUAAGCUUUUGAUGCUGGUAAUUAAUACCACCCCAACAGAAACUAUUCAUAUUGGACUUACUGUAUUUUUGUUCCUCAUAACUAAGCAAGUUUCACCU